CCGGGGGGAGAGAGAUGAGUUGCUGAGUGUGCACAUCUUUUCAGAGCACGUACACACACCUUUACACACACCCUGCUCCGGGGCUCUGUUCUCAGGCCGGCCCAUGGAGCUCCCCCUGGCCCAGAUAUGCCCCCAAGGAAGCGGCCGAGCCCCUGCGCCUACCUUCAGCACCUUCCAGCCCGUGGAACUGCCCUGCAGGACCUACCAGGAUGUGGGCCUGCUUCAGGGGCCCAGACUCCAGGCCCUGAAGGCUGAGGAGGCCCAGCCCAGCCCCAGGGUCGAAGCUGUCCGUGCUGCGGCAGGUGGGAACUCGGCUGGCACAUCGUCCUCCUCAGCUCCCAUCCCCCCAGCGGCAUCUCCCCAACCCCCAGGGGCUGCCUCCAGCCCAGAGGAUGCUGGGAAGGCCCAGGAGGGGCUUGAGGAAGGAGGCCAGUCCCUGCAGGCCGAGACCCGGGCUUGGUUCCAGAAGACCCAGGCCCACUGGCUCCUGCAGCACGGGGCAGCCCCUGCCUGGUUCCAUGGCUUCAUCAGCCGGAGGGAGGCCGAGAGGCUGCUGGAGCCCAAGCCUGAGGGAUGCUACUUGGUGCGGUUCAGCGAGAGCGCUGUGACCUUCGUGCUAACCUACAGGAGCCGGACUCGCUGCCGCCACUUCCUGCUGGCCCAGCUCCGGGACGGGCGCCACGUGGUGCUGGGCGAGCACAGCGCCCACGCGCGGCUGCAGGACCUACUGCGACACUACACUGCGUGCCCGCUCAGCCCCUACGGGGAGACGCUCACCGAGCCCCUCGUCCGCCAGACGCCUGAGCCUGCAGGACUUUCCCUGAGCACUGAAAUAUCAGACUCUGGAAACAAGGACCCACACCCUCAGUAUAGCCCCAUCGUCAAGAAGUUGCAGAACGUGACCCCCACGCCGAAGGAGGGGCCCGGGGAACAGAAGGAGCCGCCCAGGCCCAAGCCUCCCGUGGCCGUCAAGCCUCAGCUGCCCCCCGAAGUCUAUACGAGCCCGGCCCCGAGGCCGCGCCCGCCCCCGCCCCCCAAGCCCUCCAACCCCAUCUACCAGGAGCCUGACGAACCCAUCGCCUUCUAUGCCAUGGGGCGGGGCAGCCCCGGGGAAGCCCCCAGCAACGUCUACGCCGAGGUGGAGGUGCCGCCGGGCGCUGGGGGCCAGCCCUGCGGCCUCGGGCACCUGGCCCUGCGCAAGUGCAGGUCCAGGCCCGUCGCGGGAGGCCAGAUUCCAGGUGGCCGGCAACCGCACUCUGAGAACUCUGUGCCUGGACAAGGCCCUCCCAUGCCCCACCAGCCCCUGCCCAGCUGGGGGCACACCCUCCCCCACAAGCUUUCUAGACAGAGGACAGAGGACAGAGGACAAGCGUGGCUUCCCCUGGGGCCUCCUCAGUAGCCGGGACACGUCAGAGAUUUCCUCAGGCAAUCUGGCUACUUUCCAGAGUUCCACAGCACGGAGGCCUGGGUGCCGUUUCCCUCCUCCAGAUCCCAGCUUAGCCCUGUUUCCUGGACAGGUCUGCCCCCCGCCCCCGAAAGAAGCCUGGAGUUUGAGGAGCAAAGGUGGACUCAGCUCCCUUUUAGGGGCACACGCACUGGUUCUGUCCCUGAGGGUCCGGCGGCUCGGUGAUCCAAGGGCCUCUGAGGAAGUGUGCUAGGCUGGCGCUGCCGCCUCCCACCGCCCUGGCUUCUCCUCUCAGAGUCUGAUUUCCUUGGCCCUCUGAGCCUUUGGGUCUGGGCCUUGGUCCAGUGCUGCUGUUGUCUGAGGAAGGGUUUGGUGAGAACAGAUGUUAGAACUUGUUUGUUGAUUCUUGUCUGGCUAAUAAAUCAUCGCCAACCACCUCUCCCCACAGGGAUCCAAGUA